AUGAAAAGCCUAAAUUCUAUUAAUAUUAGUUUCUACAUAAAUAGAAAGGCUUUAUUUACUAGAUUUCUUUUUCAGCGGCGUUUUUUGACUAAUAUUGAAGGAAUACGAACAUUUGACGUAGUAGUAAUUGGUGGUGGCCAUGCAGGUUGUGAAGCUGCAUGUGCUGUUGCUAGAAGUGGAUUAAAUACAGUUAUUUUGACACAAAGUAUUAAUAAAAUUGGUGAAACAUCAUGCAACCCAGCAUUUGGAGGCAUUGGUAAAGGAAUUUUGGUUCGAGAAAUUGAUGCUUUAGAUGGUCUUUGUGGUCGCAUUUCUGGUCUGUAUUUCUAUGGAGAAGUUUGCAUUUUAAUAUAUAAAGAUCUUUCUGGUAUUCAAUUUAAAGUACUUAAUCGAUCAAAAGGACCAGCAGUUUGGGGUCCUAGGGUUCAAAUUGAUCGUCAGCUUUAUAAAAAAUAUAUGCAAGAAGCAUUGAUUGCUUAUAAAAAUUUGAUAUUGUUGGAAGGAACUGCAGUAGAUAUUUUAGUUGAUCCAUUUUCUGAACAUGAGGAUAUUCAUUCUAUGAGCAAAUUUCGUGUUUCAGGUGUUGUUAUUGAUUCAGGUGAAAAGAUAUUAACUAAUCAUGUCAUUAUAACUACUGGAACAUUUUUAAAUGGAGAAGUGCAUAUUGGUUCAAAAACAUUUCCAUCAGGGAGGAUUGGAGAGCCUGCAACUUUUCGUAUUAGUGAUUUUUUAAAAAAAAAAGGAUUUCAUUUAGGACGCUUGAAAACAGGGACUCCACCAAGACUUGACAAAAGAACUAUUAAUUACAAGCAUUUAACUCCUCAAUUAGGUGAUGAGCCACCUGUUCCUUUUAGCUAUUUGCAUUCUUCGGAUAUUGUUAAAAACUAUAUUUUAUGUUAUUCUACUUAUACUACUGAAGAAACUCACAAAAUUGUAAAGGAUAAUUUACAAACAUCAAUUCAUGUGCAAAAUGAUGUUAAAGGACCAAGAUAUUGUCCUUCGAUAGAAUUAAAAGUUAUACGUUUUCCUUCUCGUAAUCAUCAUAUAUGGUUAGAACCAGAAGGCAUAGAUAGUCAUAUAAUUUAUCCAAAUGGGAUAAGUGUUAGUCUUCCUGAAGAGAUUCAACUUAAAAUGUUAAAAAGUAUUCCUGGACUUGAGAAUGUGACAAUGUUAAGACCAGGUUAUGGGGUCGAAUAUGAUUAUGUAGAUCCUAGAGAGCUUUAUCCAACUCUUGAAACAAAACGUAUUAAAGGAUUAUGGCUUGCAGGACAAAUAAAUGGAACAACAGGAUAUGAAGAAGCAGCUUCUCAGGGCUUGUUAGCAGGUAUUAAUGCAAGUUUGUCUGGAAGAAAUCUCCCUCAAAUUACUAUUUCUCGAAGUUCAGCAUAUAUAGGUGUGCUUGUUGAUGAUCUUGUAAAUAAGGGUGUAGAAGAACCUUACAGGAUCUUCACGUCACGAAGUGAAUAUAGACUUAGUGUUAGGUCAGAUAAUGCAGAUCUUAGAUUAACUGAUCUUGGUCAAAAAUGGGGUAUAAUUUCUAAAAAUAGAUGGGAGCAAUUUAUGAAAGAUCGUAAACUUUUAACAGAUGCUAAAGCUGCAUUAGAAGGGCUAGUUUUAUCCCCUCAUGAAUGGAAAUCUCAUAAUAUAUAUGUUAAUGCUGAUGGAAUUAAAAGAAGUGCAAUGCAACUUUUAUCUUAUCCAAACAUUACAGUAGACACUUUUCUUGAUUUUAUACCAAUGUUGCAUGACUUGCCUCCUAAUCUUCGUUCUCGCUUAAAUAUAGAAAGUAUUUAUUCUGAAUAUGUAACUCGACAAGAAUCUGCAAACCGAUUCCUUCUUUUAAAAGACGAAGAAUACAUUUUUCCUCCUGAUAUAAAUUAUAAUACAUUAAAAAGCUUAUCAUCGGAAGAGAAAGAAUUAUUGAAUUUUAUACGUCCACAGUCUCUUGCACAGGCCAAAAGAAUUCAAGGUAUUACGCCAUCAACUCAAUUAGUACUUUUAAAGUAUCUUAUGCAAAAUAAAAAAAGAGAUAAAAAACAUGAAUCAUACGAUACUUUAUGA